GACCGUUGCCCGGCAGCUUCUGAGCUCGAGGUUGGGCUCUGGGGGAGCUCUCAACCAGAGCUUCGCCAUUGCCAGGAGCUCACCUCAUCCAUUGCCACUCUCUUCCCGGAGCUCUCUGGUGAUUUGGGGCAUGAGUCGGGUCGCCGAGCUUGGCACAAUACAGAGGUUUGAGUCGACUGAAGAGGAGAAGCAUCUCGAGCCGCCGGAGGAGGAAGACAGUGAUCUGGAUUACCAUGAGACUUUGACGGGACAUGCAGUUUUGAGUUUUGCGGUCUCCUUGGAGGAACAAAAGGACGAAAAAUGAUGGAACUAGAACCCUCCUGUCGGUGCCCUCUUGCUGUUUCCUUCCCCUCCCUUUCGCGUGAGAGCAGCUUCCGUGGUUAGCAAUAGAACAUCAGGUCCAAAAUUUAUCGAACACUCCGAUCAGAGCCGAGUUAAAUGAUGGACAGAACGAGUCACUGAUGAGAGCUCAGAUUGAUCUUGGGCCUCAUUAAGGUGUCAUUUUUGGGUGCCUAAGAGUCAAUCGAGAGGGCGCAUCUGUGCUUUAAGCGUGCGGAGAUGGAUUUUCCCGGAGGAAAGGUCCGUUUCACCUCGGAGAUGGAGUUUAUCUCUGGGAACUCCGAGACGAGAGUGCCGUGUUUUAGAGUUCUUGAUCAGUAUGGCCGCCUACUUAACAAUGUCGACUUCGAACAGGUGAGUGAGGAAGCUGCAGUUAAGAUUUACGCCAAUAUGGUCACCCUUCAAAUGAUGGACGUGAUACUAUACGAAGCUCAGAGGCAAGGAAGAAUAUCUUUCUACCUCACCUCGAUGGGCGAAGAAGCUAUCAACAUCGCAUCAGCGGCAGCCCUCUCAGACGACGAUGUUGUCCUUCCUCAGUAUCGAGAGCACGGUGUUCUGUUGUGGCGAGGCUUCACCAUGCAAGAGUUUGCCAAUCAAUUGAUGGGCAACAGGUUCGACUAUGGGAAAGGGAGGCAGAUGCCGAUACAUUACGGGUCUAAUAAGCACAACUACGUCACAAUCUCAUCCCCGAUUGCAACUCAGCUUCCCCAAGCGGUGGGAAUCGCUUAUUCACUUAAGAUGGACAAGAAAAAUGCAUGCGCUGUCACUUAUAUCGGCGAUGGCGGCACCAGUGAGGGGGACUUCCAUGCGGGUUUGAACUUUGCAGCGGUUACAGAAUCCCCCGUCCUCUUUAUCUGUCGAAACAACGGAUGGGCCAUCAGCACCCAUAUAAGCGAACAGUUUCGAAGUGAUGGAGUGGUCGUCAAGGGUCGAGCUUAUGGUAUCCCAAGCAUUCGUGUCGAUGGCAAUGACGCUCUCGCUGUGUAUACUGCAGUGAAAAGAGCUCGUGAAAUCGCUAUAGAGAAACACACACCUAUUCUAAUCGAGGCUAUGACAUAUAGAGUUGGCCACCACUCAACCUCAGACGAUUCCACAAAGUACCGGCCAAUCAAUGAGAUCGAGUACUGGAAAACGGCGAGAAACCCAGUAAGCAAAUUCCGUAACUGGGUCGAAAGUAAUGGAUGGUGGAGUGAUGAAGCCGAGGCUGAGCUCCGCACGAGAGUCCGGAAACAGUUACUGCAGGCAAUUCAGAAUGCAGAGAAAACCGAGAAGCCUCCAUUGAGAGAGCUGUUUGCCGAUGUCUAUGACGUCCCACCAGCGAAUCUCCAGGAUCAGGAGGCGGAGCUCCGAGAAGCCAUCAAGAGACAUCUGGAGGACUAUCCAUCAGAUGUUCCUGUCUAAAGCCUAUCGUUAUGCCCAAAGCUUGUUGGUAAGUUAUCUCAAAUUAGACAAAGAUGUAUAUAUACUGCUUCGUAUAUAUGUCCCUGAUCCUGCCAAAGAUCAGGAGAAUUGGAUUAAAAGAUUGCAUUGUAGUAAUCACCCAUUGCUCCUUUCGGAUUAUCGAGGUCCGAUCCGAGCUGGACAUGAAAUUCAUAAUUCGAUGUUUCAUUAUGGAAAA